GAAGUUUAGUGUUUCGCCGUGUCUCGCCGAAGUAACAUCGUUCGAUUGUGUAGUGCUCUCUGUUCGAUUCGAGUUCAAGUCACAGAGUUCAGGUCGCGUGCGCGCCGUGAAUAUUUAGUGUUCCGUCGUUCAAGCUGAGCGAGCUGAGCACGUGUGAGGGAGUGCGGUAAAACCAGUAACUCGCUGGCAUUGACUCGGCUUAGAAGUGUGGUAGUGGUAUUUGAGUGUGCCUAGUUUGUUGCAGCUGCUCCACGCAGCACAUGCUUCCGAAGAUAAGUGCAGUGCUAAGGAAUGGUGCCUGCUUGGGUCCUGGUGGGUCCAGUGCUGCUGGGCCUGUGGGCAUUCAGCUGCUGGUUGUACGACAAUCUGAAAUCACUCGUGCAGCUAGUGAUUGCCGUAUUGACACCGUACUUUGUUCCAGCGGAGAAUAAAACCCUCAUGGAACGGUUCGGGAAAUGGGCCGUAAUUACCGGUAGCACCGAUGGCAUCGGCCGGCAGUACGCCAUCCAACUGGCUGCCCGAGGACUAAACAUCGUGCUCAUCUCACGGACAGUUGAGAAGCUAAUGGCCGUUGCGAGCGAGAUCGAACAGAAGCACCAGGUCAAAACCAAAUGGAUAGCGGCCGAUUUCAGUCAAGGUCGACCGAUCUACGACAAACUCCGCCAAGAGUUGGAAGGCAUCCCGGUGGGGAUAUUGGUGAACAAUGUUGGAACCAAUUUGGAAUAUCCGGACGAUCUGGACCAGGUGCCGGAGGACAAGCUGUGGGAUGUGAUCAACAUCAACAUCGCCGCUGGGACGAUGCUUACUAGGAUAGUGCUUCCGGGCAUGAAGCAACGUCGCCAGGGAGCGAUUGUGAACAUCUCCUCGGGAAGCGAACUACAACCACUGCCAUACAUGACCGCCUAUGCGGCAUCCAAGGCCUACAUUCACAACUUCACCCUAGCGAUGCAGUACGAGCUGGAACCGUUCGGCAUAACGUGUCAACUGGUCAGUCCAAUGUUUGUAUCGACCAAGAUGAACAACUUCUCCACCACGGUGAUGAAGGGCGGUCUAUUCAUCCCGGACGCCGAAUCGUACGCCAAGCAUGCCGUCUUCACGCUAGGGAAAUCGAAACAAACCACCGGCUACUGGUCCCACGGAAUCCAGUACUGCUUGAUCCGACUGGCACCGGAGUGGGUCCGAACCCUGGUCGGUGGAACCAUGAACAAACAGUUCCGCAAGGAGUACUACGCGCAGAAACAGGCCGCCGUGAAAGCGCAAUAAGCGACACUUCGCCUGGAUGCUUGGACUUCAUUUUUAAGAAAGGAAGUCAUCUUGUGGCAUUUCGGCUGUUGUACCUAAUGUAGUUUUCGUUUUUGCGGUGUAGCUACACCGGGGUGGUGGCACCAACAAGCGCAAACCAUCGACAGCUCAUCAUCGUUCGAAUUUGAAUACUGGUGGUGCCCAAGUGCAGCACUACACCGGUGUUGAACUCGUUAGAACAAAAACGACAUAACCUAUACCUAGCAUAGUAUUUGAAAGACAAUUGCAUUUGUAUACUUCUA